AUGGUCGGUGUUCCUGGAAAAUACAAAGGUUGUAAUACCUGCCGAGCUCGACGAGUCGCAUGCGACAACGGAAAACCGUUUUGUAAGAAGUGUACGGAUUAUGGCCGUGAAUGCGGUGGAUACGAAAGGGAGACGGUUUUCAUUGUCGGCACGCCGGACGAUAAGGGAAGGUGUUCUUCCCAUCCACCACGGAACCAGGGUAGCAAGAAGGCGAAGGGCAACGAAGUCAAACAAGCCGAAAAGCUAACUUUCACCGCGACCGAACCCUAUCAACCUGCGUGGGUUGACAUGAUCUCGUUAUCGUCAACUGCUGGAUUACAUCACGUUCGGCUUUUCGCUGUCCAAACAAAUCUUAGCUCCGCCGUUCGAAAUGGUAGUGGGUCACCACGAAGGAACGAGGUCUUGUUGUCUUUAGGUGGCCCUCGCAGCUUAAGCAUGAGUCCGACGUUUAGCCCCGAAACUUUCAAAUUGAAGUCUCAUUGUCUCGUCCAUUUACCGCCGAGAAGUAGUAACAAUAGGCAAAUGGCCAAUAGCGAUUCGGAGGGGUUGUGUAUAUUUUUAUAUGAGCAAAAUUCUUCGGCGGCUUACAGUGGUGAACCGCCUUGGAAAGAUCCUGCCGUCUUAGCUGACCAGAUUCGCGAACGGGGUCCGACCGCUUAUCAAUCUUUUCCAGACCAUCACUUUUUCGCUCGGGUGUACCGACCUAACGCCAUUUGGGCGGCUUUAUUAAAUCGGCAACCAACCUUCCUCUGUUCGCCUGAAUGGACAGUCGUGCCUUGGGAACGUCAUCCAAGAACCCCGCUUGACGAUCUUCUCGACAUCGUCGUCCUGUUACCGUCGAUAUAUUCGAGAGCCGAUCGUAUAACACCGUUGGAAGCGAAAGUUGCUCGUCGUAUGAAAGCCAGGGACCUUUUAUAUAACUGUCUUAACAUCGAAAGGCAAUUUGAUAUUUGGUAUAGCAUGGUACAUCAAAGGGUUGAUGAGAUGGGAUCCCCGCUUUACUGGAUAGUCGACGCAAUGACCAGUGGUGCAUACGUGCCCUUUUCCGACGCGUUUAACUUCCCUACGCCAUUAAUGGGAUUAAUUCAUGUCUACUAUUGGGCUGUUCUUAUUGGUUUCCACCAAUGUAUGUAUACGCUGUUGAACGUCAUCUUCGAAACCGAGAAUGAGAGCCCUUCCGGACCAAACAUGCUAUCGGAUAUACCACCUGGGAUAGAUUUCCAACGAUAUCAGCCGGAUCAGUCAAGAAUCCUCGCAGCCAACGUUUGUCGAAGCUUGGAUUUUGCUCUUCAGACCACGGGACAACCGGAUCUCCUAGCUGCACCGUUUUGUGUUGUGAACGAAUUUUAUCAUGGGCUUAAUCAGUUUGGAGAUGGUAAUUUGGAACGAUUAUGGUGUGCUGGAUUCAAGAGUAGAAUGGAAGUAAAAAGUCGUGAAGUGAAUUCAUGGUUGGAGGAAAAGAAAUGGGUUGAAAUCAGGCAGUUUGGAUAA